AUGACGGGAGCGCCGUUACCGUCCUUUGAUGGCGACGAGAAGACAUCACAGGAUGGAAAUUCCGUUGGCACAACGUCUGGGGCACCCUUACCGAAUGGCGUCGUUUUGGGUCCCGAUGGAAAGCCUUGCCGAACAUGUACAUCUGGGGCCGCAUGGAAAUCGAUGAUGAAGCAGACGACGUCCGGCAGCAACAGCACGUCGCCAUUCGCCUCUAUGACCACGAACAAAUCAUCCACAGCGUCACAGCAACGAGCACCCAUGACGAUCGGAACAUCCGACUGUCCUCCAGAUGUCGAGCAACUCGGCCGCUCUACCUGGACAUUCCUACACACUCUCGCCGCCAACUAUCCCGAACGACCCAAUCCUACCCAACAGACCGAGACACGUCAAUUCAUGCACCUCUUCAGCAAAGUGUAUCCUUGCUGGGUGUGCGCGGAUGACUUCCGGACGUGGAUGAGCACGAGCGGAAAUGCACCCCGUGUGAGCAAUCGAGAUGAAUUUGGUCAGUGGCUUUGCGAAGCGCACAAUGCGGUAAAUGUGAAGCUUGGGAAGAAGAGCUUCGAUUGUUCAAGAUGGGAGGAAAGAUGGAGGACGGGGUGGAAGGACGGAAGAUGUGAUUGA